UAUGGAGGUUGAAUGGAAUUACCUAAACUUCAAAUUAUUUAUUUUUGGAAAGAAACGAGUACUGCUACAGAUUCUGAACACGGGGGGAAAAUAACCGCGACUUCCACACACACACACACUUGCACGACGUAGUCGGUUAAAACCCUGGGCUAUUAAUCAACACACAAGUGCAGCUUACUCUGUGCUGUAUUUGACGGAUCCGAAUCAAUUUGUGCAAUUACGUUUGCAUUUUCCCACAGAGUAUUGUGUGAUGGCUGGUCAACGAAAUAGCUAUGGGAAGCGCUCCCAUUCUCGGUCUGAUUAUGCUGACAAUGGGGGAAAUAAAAGGAGAAAUACUGGCUUUGAUAAGGACUCUUUCUCUAUUGGUCCUGAUGACACAGUUUAUCGGUACUUAUGCCCUGGGAAGAAAAUUGGAAGUAUUAUUGGCAGGGGAGGUGAGAUUAUUAAGCAAUUAAGGGUGGACACUAAAUCUAAAAUCAGGAUUGGUGAGACGGUGCCUGGCUGUGAGGAACGUGUUGUCACCAUCUACAGCUCAAGUGAGGAAACAAACGACUUUGAUGGAUCUGAAGAUUGUGUUUGUCCUUCCCAGGAUGCGCUUUUUACAGUCCAUGAGAAAAUUGUUAGCGAGACAGUUGAUGAGGAUUCUGAGGAUGCUCCCCAGGUUACCAUCAGGCUUCUAGUGCCUUCAGAUCAGAUUGGAUGUAUUAUUGGGAAAGGGGGUCAGAUAGUACAGAAUAUACGUAGUGAAAGUGGUGCCGAGAUUCGUAUAUUGAAAGAUAAUCAUUUGUCUGCAUGUGCAUUGAGCUCGGAUGAACUUCUGCAGAUAUCUGGUGAAGCCACUGUAGUUAAGAAGGCUCUUUAUGAAAUAGCAACUCGUCUUCAUAAGAAUCCAUCCCGUUCUCAACACUUGCUUGCUUCUGCUGCACCAAAUAUCUACUCUUCGAAUUCACAUGUUGGUCCUACUGGUGGUGCUCCAAUCGUAGGAAUAGCCCCAUCGAUGGGGUCUUAUGGGGGCUACAAAGGAGAGAGUACGGACUUGUCAAGGUCUUUUUACUCAGCUCCAAGGAAUGAGUCUUCUUCAAAAGAAUUUUAUAUCCGUUUGCUGUGUCCUACUGCAAAUAUUGGUGGUGUUAUUGGUAAAGGUGGUGUCAUAAUCAAUCAAAUUAGACAAGAAUCUGGCGCAGCAAUCAAAGUUGAUAGUUCUGCUGCUGAAGGUGAUGAUUGUGUGAUUUCAAUUUCUAAACAAGAGUUUUUCGAGGACCCAUAUUCUCCAACUGUUGAAGCAGCAUUGCGCCUGCAACCGAGGUGCAGUGAGAAAGUUGAAAGAGAUUCUGGUCUUGUAUCAUUCACCACAAGAUUGCUGGUCCCAAAAUCUCAAAUAGGCUGUCUUAUUGGGAAAGGAGGAGGCAUAAUCAAUGAGAUGAGGAAAAUUACGAAAGCUAAUAUUCGUAUACUGAAGGAAGGCCUCCCCAAGGUUGCAGCUGAAGAUGAUGAGAUGGUGCAGAUCUCAGGAGAACUUGAUGUUGUUAAGGAUGCACUCAUGCAAGUAACUUCACGUUUGAGGGCAAACCUUUUUGAAAGAGAGGGUGCCACAUCUGCCUUUUUGCCAGUUCUUCCCUACCUCCCCAUGACAACAGAUUCAGAUACGUUGAUACACGAAAGUAGGGACACUAGAAGACAUGGACACUCUUACUCAGCUGGGUAUGGUGGUAUGAGGGAUCUUCCACGUGCUGAUGGAUAUAGAAGUUACAGUGGUAUCCAGCAGAGUAGCAGCAUAGGAUAUGGAGCUUAUGAAGGAUAUUCCCUUGGGCGCUCUGGUGGUUCUAGGUCAUCGGGGCAAGACCCUGCUUCCCGGAUAAAAAGUUAUGGUUACUAGAGUGCGUAACUGGACCUGCAGCUGAGAUAUAUGAAGCCUGAAGCCAGCCUAUUGCCUCCUUUGCGCCUAAACCAGAAGACCAUAAAUGAGGAUUUGGGAACUUUGGUCUACCUUGAUGCUUUUCUUUAGGAGGACCAUAACUGAAGAUUUUACCUACUAUUCAAAUUUGCCAUGUCCUGACACCAUGCACUUACAAGCUCAAAUCAUGUGGUCCCAAGAAUCUGUGUAGCCAACACACCUUAUCCUUCUUCCCUUUGUGUGAUUGUAACCCUUUGUGUGGUUGUAUUACAGAUGAAUUAACACUUGAAUCUCAGCCAUGUCUUGAUGUCCCCUUUUUCAGUUAUUAUUGUCGGAUUUUUUAAUUUGAUGAGGUUAGAUGUUAGACCUGUUGGCCUCGUGCAGUUCUGUCUAGUUUUUCUGGUUCUUUAGAAUGGACAAUUUAAUGUAUCCUGACAUUGGAACAUAAGUCAUUGUACCAUAUCUUAAAUUUUAAAUUUCAUUUCAUCUUCUCUUAUUUGCUUCUGAUAGCCCUGAAUGUUUGCUCAAGAUGUGAUCAUAUUCGAUCAUAAUUUUCUUGCCUGAUCAAUUCAUUGGCAAAUCAUCUUCCAAACUUUUCGCUGAUUGUUUUGAAGAGGAUGUCAUGGAUACCAAACGGACAUGCAGCAUGAGCUAAAGGUCUGCCUGCAGUUCUCUGUAGACACAGAUUUUGAAUGUAAUUGAAUAAUGCAUAAUAUACCAGUAAGUAAAUUUAUCUGAUCUGAUCUGCAGAUUUUGAAUGUAAUUGAAUAAUGCAUAAUAUACCAGUAAGUAAAUUUAUCUGAUCUGAUCUGCAUUGCCAGUCACUGUAGACCUGACAGACUCUGGGGAGGAAUAAGUUACCUCAAAGCGGUAAAUCUGGCUGUAAGUUCUUAGUAGCUUACAAUCAUGUACUUAUGGUUAUGAUUUAGUUUGUGUGCAAGCUAAGAUAAUUUCCUUAAUCAUCAGGUUUAACAGAUCUUGCUCAUAUAUGCACCUUAUAGGUAUGUCGCGUUCUCUGUCUUUAUUUGACAAGAAUGUUUUUUUUUUCAACUUCAAAAAGCGUGAGCUUUCAUUUUCCUUCCCCCCCACCCCCCCGAACUCCCAACCCUCUUUUUGGGGGGUUGAUCGUCAAUUUCAAAAAGUGUGCUUUCAUUAUGGAUCUUGAGCUUGCACUUCUUUGUGUUCAUCUUGCCUACUAUUCUAAAAUGCGGUUGGUGAUUUUUCUUCUGUUGUCUUCGCUAUUGCAACUCUUUUGGGAAAUAAUGCUCCAUUUAAAGAAUCAUGUGAAGAAACAGUGAUCGUUAUAAGGUUUGAGAGAAUUACAGUUGACAAACACAAUCAAUGGUGUAGAAGAAUCAGAAGCUAAGGCAAGAUGUUGCUCUCUUACAAGUACUUGCACCACUUGAGGCUAAGUAGGAGAUGAUGCUUUCCUACAACUAGCCAACUACGGAACCCAACUAAGAAUUGCUUUUUGUGGCCAUGUAUACCGUGUACUGUGCAUAUUGUGAUUGACUUGAACAACUUUUUCUCUCAGGUCUGGAGGCAGUGGGAUCUGUAAAUUGUAUAGGCAGCUGGUGGGAUUUGGUGAAGAGCUGAUGUUAAGCUCACUCAGCUCUUAUGGUUCUAUUGUCAAAAGAUAUCUUCAAUUGCUUUAGAUUACAUUCUCUAAUUUAUUAAUGCAAUCAUCUGGCAUGGUGGUUCAUUGGAACUAAGAUGAGGUUCUUGUCGUCCUUGGUGACCAAACAAUAGCAUGCCGCGUUGUCUGGUAAAUUAACAUGGAUAUUGUAGUGUGGUAUGUUCACGUCUUUAUGCUAAAUUAACUUGUUCGCUGGGA